CCAUUGCAAAAAAUUGCGGUUUGUUUGUUAUUAAUUCACUAGGUCGGUACUUUCACAAUGCAAUAUCAAAUCUUACGUAAGAGUAAUGGAUAAAAAGUGCAUUAAAAUUAUGCCCAAUUACUGCCAUUCCCUAAAAAGCCAAAAAUUUUGGUCCUCACAAGGCACCAAGAUUUCGAAUAAAAUUGCAGCCAAAGGUGAAUUUUCUCACAUCGCAUCAUUAAGUUAAUUGAGCAAUUAAUGUAAUUCACUUGGCGGAAUUCGCCACUUUGGCACCGUCGGCCAUCGGUGUCGAAAACAUUGUACAAAUUUCAGGUCGGUAUUAAUUUGUUUUGAAGUCGCAUUGGCAAAUAGGUACCUACCCAUUUGUGCAAUAAUUACUCUCCAUUACUCAAUGUUUCCACUUCUUUCGGCCGAUCGGAGUACUCAUAGAGCACACGUACUUUCUCUUCAUUUUGUGGUGACACUUCUAACACAAACUACCCGCCUCAAAAUGUGUACUCCAAUUAAGAUCCUAGUGUUGCUCAGUUUAGUGUCGUAUAGUGUAUGUAGUGUGAAAAUAGUCAAGGACAUAGUGCAGUUUAACGUGGCUGGUCAUCCCGUUCUUCACAAGGAGACAGAAUGGGAUUUUGAUCCAGACGUUGCCAUAAGACGCUCCAGACAGUACCAGGAGCUCAACGGGAGAUACGGUGCCAAAGCGAUUGAGAGACUGGGAUUAGGGAUAGAUGGCUAUGAUAGGGAACGACUGGCACAGCAAAGGCUGCGAGACGAAGGCCAUUUGAACGGUCUGACGGAAUAGUGUUAGUUAUUUAUAGUUUGUUACAAAAAUUGUUGAAAAAAUAAAAAAUCAUAAAACAG